AUGGAGAGCUGGUUGAAAGAAUCUGGAGCGGUCGGCUUGGACGACUUGAAGCUUGCUGACUUCCCAGCCACCGGGCGUGGUCUAGGAUCACUACGGCAUUUCAAGGAAGGAGAAAGGAUUCUCACCAUACCAUCUAGCAUUCUCUGGACAGUCGAGCAUGCAUAUGCUGACUCCAUUAUUAGGCCAGUACUUCAAUCUAUGCAAGGAGCGUUAUCUGUCGAUGACACCUUGGCCAUAUAUAUUCUCUUUGUACGAUCACGCGAGUCGGGCUACAAUGGCCUGCGAAGCCAUGUGGAGGCUUUACCUACCAGCUACUCUUCAAGCAUCUUCUUUACAGAUGACGAAUUGGAAGUUUGCGCUGGGUCCUCACUGUAUACUAUUACAAAACAACUGAAGCAACAGAUUCAAGACGAUUACCGAACUUUAGUUGAACGAUUAUUUGGACAGUAUUUAGAUAUCUUUUCACUUGGAAAAUUCACCAUCGAAGAUUACAAGUGGGCUCUUUGCACCGUGUGGAGUCGUGCGAUGGAUUUUGUACAGCCUGACGGAAAGUCAAUUAGACUGCUAGCACCAUUUGCGGAUAUGUUGAACCACUCGUCCGACGUUAAGAAGUGCCAUGUUUACGACACCUCAUCUGGAGAUCUCUCUAUCCUUGCUGGGAAGGACUAUGAGCCAGGAGAUCAGGUUUUUAUUAAUUAUGGGUCUAUUCCGAACAACCGGCUUCUACGACUCUAUGGCUUUGUUGUACCGAAUAAUCCUAAUGACAGCUAUGAUCUCGUUCUGAUGACCCAACCUGAGGCACCAUUUUUUGAGCUAAAGCAAAAGCUUUGGGUAUCAGCUGGACUUGAUUCGGUCUCUACCAUCUCUCUCUCUCUCAAUGAUCCGCUACCGAAAAGCGUCCUCCAAUAUCUUCGCAUACAGCGGGCGGAUGAAUCUGAUCUCGCCAUCAUAGCGCUCCAGCAAAUUGAUGCCACAGACAAGAUACUCAGCAAUUCUAACGAAGAGAAAGUCCUGCAGGCUCUGAUAGAAUCGUUCUGUGAACUUUUGCACAAUUUUGGGACUCAAAUGGAAAAGCUAGAUGAACAACUCGCUGAGGGCUUCUAUCCUCCAGGUACAAAUGCAUGGUCGGCGGCGCAUGUUAGUCUGGGUGAACAACGGGUGUUGAGAUCGGCGAGAAAGAGAGCGGAGGAUCUGUUAGCGGCAUUGGAGAGCAGGAACAAGGUUGACAGUGGCUUUUCGGCACCGGUGCGAUGCGCUAAUUGUGCAAAAGUCGCUGUACAAUUGAUGUUGUGUGGAAGAUGCAAAGCUGUUAGGUAUUGUGGGCGGACAUGUCAGGUCGCUCAUUACAAAGAGCACAGGGAAUUGUGUCAAGCUACCGCUUCCAAGAGUGGUUCUGUAAAGAAAUAA